AUGAUCAACCGACAUCAUUAUGCUUUCAUAGGUGAUUCCAGAAAGAAUGGAAAACCUUAUGAGCCAAAGAAAGGAUCAGACAUAAACUUACCACCAUUAGGGGUUAGAAAAGAGAAGGAAAGUGCAAUUCUUGAAGCAGAUGAAUCUUCUCGGAAUGAUGUUUUUAAAUUCAAUAGAGAUGAUGUAUUUAAUUUUGAUAUUAAGGAUAUGAGAAUAUCAAGCACCAGGGAGGUACGUCAAAACCCAAAUCUGCUCCAGGCCAAUGCUCCCCCACCAAAGAGAACUAAAGUCACGUUCAAAGAUGCGGACGAAUCAAUGCAAGAGAGUGCUAUUGCUGAAGGAAUUUCUGUUGAGGAUUGGAUGAAGGAAAAUGAAAAUAUUUAUGAUGUUAAAUUUAGGAAGGAUGAAAAAACAAAACAACAGGGAAGAAGGUCUCUCACCAGACCAGAGUCACAAUCAUCGUUGGAUUCUAGUACAUUAAAGGAAGGAAACACUAAACUACCUUAUUUGAAGGAUGUAUUCAUGAAGGAACGGGCUCCAUCAAAGCAAUUAGUUCAUUAUUUGGAUAUUAUUGGAGGAGAAAAACAAGUGAAUACAAAAAAAAUACUUAAAGUGGCUCCAGAUGACGAGGAAGAAAUAGCAAAGUUAAAAACUGGUGAUGAUGCUGUUGCCUUUUUCUCGAAAGCAGGAAAAAGUACUGCUGUCAAGUUUGUAUAUUUAAAUAGAGCAGAUUCAAAUGGAGUUGAUUACCGACCAUAUGAUCUAGUUGUAGUUUCUAAAAGUGACACUAACCCAGAAUAUUUUACCAUGUCUUCGACAGGUGUUGUACAUAUUUGCCCAGGUCAACCUACUGAGUACAUGUCCCUCUCUGAAUGGAUGAAAGAAUCAACAAUGUUUAACGUUCUAAGAAGAAUUAGAUUUUUCAAGUACUAUCUUGUUCAUAAGUGCUUUAGACUCUGGUAUCAAAAUGCAAGAUAUCUUAAAUAUAGUAAGAAGAGAAUGGAUUUGGCAAGAAAUUUCUUCCUUGCCAAGAAAACUUUCUCUUCUUCUGUCAUGAAGAUUCACAAACUUUCACACGACUUGCAAUAUACUCCAAUUAUGGACUUGAGAGAUAAAGAAAAUUCAAAUGAGCCAUCAGUAACUAUUGAACAGUUCCAUGAGGCUCAAAAAGAAUUGAGAUCAAAAUCAUCUAAAACCUUUGACGAAAUUAUUGAGAAAAUGGAGGAAAUUUUGGUACAACUUUGUGAGGAUGUUACUUCUAGGUCAAGAGUUCCAGAUAUGAAUGCUUCUGAAAAUAUUGAAGCCUAUCUCAGUGGUAAAAUACCUACUCUUGAAGCUGAGGAUGAUUUCACAGCUAAAAAAUCCAAAUCUAUGGUUGAGGCCCAAGAGGAAGAAGAAAAGAGACAGAGAGCCCUUAAAAAAGCAAGAGAAGAGGCGGAUAUGCUUGGUAAUUUCAUUAGAGUUUCCGACUAUAUGGCUGUAGAAUCUUUGGUAACUUUAUCAAAGAAGAUUCUCGACAAAUUCAAGGUUACUCUCCAAGAAACCAAGUCAAUACUUUUCCUUGUAAACUUACUUUUCAAAUCCGAUGGUUCUGACAUUGUUUUUGAACCAUCUGAGGGUGCAAUAAUGCAUGUUCUUCAAUCCAACUCUGAUGAAAUUGUAACAACUGUCAGUCAAGUUCCAAGACUUUUAUACAUGCAUGGAAGAACAUUUAAGACAACUUCAUGUUGGAAAAGUAUUGCAGAGAGAUGA